GGGCGUUGGCAAGAUCUGGACGGCUCGCUCUCUCUCUCCAUCUCACUUGCGGAGGUCGGACUAGACGUGGCUCUGAAAAAAUACGAUCUUUGCGUUCACUGGAGAGGGCCUCUCGUACCUGCACACAGCUCACCCUAGUCUGCUGAAGACCCUGCUGCCUGCUGUGAGGAUAUUUGCAAGAGUAGCCCCUAAACAAAAGGAGCUAGUGAUAACUCUGUAUAAAGAUCUGAAAUUCACCACGCUUAUGUGUGGCGAUGGGACUAAUGAUGUUGGAGCUCUCAAACACGCACACUGUGGAGUGGCCAUACUAUCCGGGGCGCCUGUCAGACCAUCCUCAGGCCUCCGCAGAGUCAGACAGGCAGAGAGGCAGGCAGAGAGACAGACAGACAGACCAGCAGACAGAAGAGGAAGAAGAAACCCUGGAGGGAAGUCAUCUGUCAACACAACAAGUCAAAAUUCGCCUUUAUUGACGCCACAGCAGGAACAGAUGGCAAAAUUGCAAAAACUUCUUCAGGAACUAGAACAAGACAGUAAUUUAAUAGUCAAGCUGGGUGAUGCUUCUAUCGCAGCCCCGUUCACUUCAAAGCUGUCAUCCAUACAGUGUGUCUGCCACAUAAUCAAGCAGGGAAGGUGUACUCUUGUGACAACUCUACAGAUGUUCAAGAUACUAGCUCUCAAUGCAUUAAUUCUGGCUUACUCUCAGUCAGUCCUGUACCUUGACGGCAUUAAGUUCAGUGAUUAUCAGGCUACACUACAAGGUCUCCUAUUGGCUGGCUGCUUCCUCUUCAUAUCACGCUCAAAGCCUCUACCAGAACUGAGUCGGACACGCCCUCUACCGAAUAUCUUUAACCUGUACACCAUAUCUACAGUGCUUCUACAAUUUGCAUCACAUUUUUGGUGUCUUGUGUAUCUGGUAUCACUGGCCAAUGACAUUAGCCCCAAGAGGAGCGGCGCCGUUGAGCUGGAAAAGGAAUUUGAACCUAAUCUCAUCAAUUCUACCGUGUACAUUAUUUCCUUAUCUUUGCAAAUUUCAACGUUUGCAAUUAACUACCGGGGACGGCCGUUCAUGGAAAGUCUUAGGGAAAAUAAACCACUGCUAUAUUGUUUAACCUGCGCAUUUUCCCUCGUAAUCUGCCUAACGGUUGGCAUUGUUCCUGAAUUCAGCCGCCAGUUUGAAAUUAUUGAGUUUCCGGGAGAGUUCCGGGUGACGCUCCUGAAGGUUCUCACAGCAGACUUCUCUCUCUCUCUCGCUGCUGAUCGACUCUGCCUCGCACUGUUUGGGGAAGGCAGCCUCCCCGCGCCUCUCACCCACGCCUCGCUCUAAUUAAAGAGAGGGUUUAGAGAGAGAGAGAGAGAGAGAGAGAGAGAGAGAGAGAGAGAGAGAGAGAGGGGUGGGGUUUAGUUUCUCUCUCUCUCUCUCUCUUUCUUUGAAUUCAGUGAGGAAUGCGUGUCUCUCUCUCUCUCUCUCAUGAUUAUUAUUAUUAUUAUUAUUAUUAUUAUUAUUAUUUUUAUUUGUAGAAGGAAUGGUUUGUGUGGUUCUUCUUCUUCUUCUUCUUCUUCUUCCUCUUCCUCUUCUCCUCUUCUUCUUCUUCUUCUUCUUCUUCUUCUUCUUCUUCUUCUUCUUCUUCUUCUUCUUCUUCUUCUUCUUCUUCUUCGUCCUCCUCCAACUCCUCCUCUUCUUCUUUUUCUUCUUCUUCUUCGUCCUCCUCCUCCUCCUCCUCCUCCUCCUCCUCCUCCUCCUCCUCUUCUUCUUUUUCCUCCUCCUCUUCUUCUUCUUCUUCUUCUUUUUCUUCUUCUUCUUCUUCGUCCUCCUCCUCCUCUUCCUCCUCUUCUUCUUCUUCUUCUUCUUCUUCUUCUUCUUCUUCUUCCUCCUCCUCUUCCUCCUCCUCCUCUUCUUCUUUUUCUUCUUCUUCUUCUUCUUCUUCCUAAUUAUUAAUUACUUAGGAGGAAAUAAAAAAAAGAUAAUUGUUAAAGUUUAUUUUUUUGGUACAUUGAAAUUAUUAAUUAUUAUUAGUAAUUCUUGUAUGUAAUUAAUUAUAUAUAUAUAUUUAUAAUUUUGAUAUAGGAGUUAUUUAUUAUUAUUAUUAUUAUUAUUAUUAUUAUUAUUAUUAUU